GCACGUAGCUGUCAUGUUUACAGUAACGGUGUGUGUUUUGGACGGACUUUGAUUCCUUCGUAAAUGACAGUUUGCACGCAUUCCGUUUUGAUAUAAGCUCUGAAUAGUACGGUGGCCGACAGGUACAAAAAGUGAUCACGCUGCACAGCACCCUGUAACACAACAGCGCUACAGUAGCGAUGUAUGGACGUGUGUACGCCAGCAUUCUCCAGAAAGCCUCAAGUUAUAGACAGAUAGUUUAUUCCACAGCUCCAUUCCAGGCAGCUUAUCAUUGCUACUUCUCAUCGCGGAGUGCCUCUGGAUCAUACCACAGGUGCAGCUCUGGUGACGAGUCUGGAUUCUGGUCUCAAAGUGGGCGACAUUUCUCAGCACGGCAGGAUCUAGACUUCCAGCAGAGCCAAGUACAGAUCAACAGUAUUCUUAGAAGCAACGAGCAGACUGUAAAUGUGCCAGAGUUUGAUGGCAGGGCACUUAGUGCUGUGAGAAAAUUUGAAAGCAACCAGUUACCUGCUAAUACACCUAAUGAGGACCGUCGCAGCGCAGCCACCUGCUUACAGUCAAAGGGCAUGCUCUUUGGAGUAUUUGAUGGCCAUGGGGGCUGGGCGUGUGCUCAGGCUGUCAGUGAGCGGCUGCUGUAUUACAUAGCAGUUGCUAUGAUGCCAAAGCAAAGCCUGGAAGAGCUUGAGAAGUGCAUGGAACACAGCAGACCUGUUCCUCCCAUCUUACAAUGGUAUAAACAUCAUGCAGACUUUAACUAUCGUGACUCUGCCUCUCUGUACAUAAACCACCUCAGAGUCUUCUGGCAAGAUUUACUGGACAAUGAGGAGCAUGAUGCAGGCAUGAGUCCUCAGGAUGCUUUGCAUUGUGCUUUCAAACGACUUGACACAGACAUCUCUUUGGAAGCUCAAGUCCCUCUUUCCAAUGACUUGUUAAAAAGUACAGCCAUCCAGGUUGCGUUUGCUGGGUGCACUGCCUGCGUGGCCCAUGUGGGCAUCAACGGGAUCCACGUGGCGAACGCUGGAGACUGCCGCGCAGUUUUAGGUGUGCAAAACGAGGACGGUUCGUGGAGCGCUUUGCCUCUUUCUGGAGACCACAACUCACAGAACCAUGCUGAGGUGGAACGAAUCAAAGCCCAGCACCCGCCUUCAGAGAGAGACACUGUGGUCACAGAUGACAGACUGCUGGGGGUUCUGAUGCCCCUGCGUGGAUUUGGUGAUGUGAGAUUCAAAUGGAGCCGUGAGCUGCAGCAGAGCAUUUUAGCCAGCAUGGAAUCUGGGGUGGACCUUGACUCUCUCAACUUGUAUCAGUACAUACCCCCUUACUAUCUAACACCACCCUAUCUGGACGUGACCCCUGACAUAACCUACCACAAGCUGAGACCCCAGGACCGCUUCCUGAUCCUCGGGACUGACGGCUUGUGGGAUGAACUGGGAAGUGAAGAGGCGGUUCGCCUCGUUGGAGAGCACUUGAGUGGAAUUCACUUACAGGCUCCAGUUUCUCCAUCCGAGCGGCAGCUGAAACUGGGUCAGAUGCAUGAACUCUUGCUUAAACGGCAAGCCCGUGCCUCCCCAGCUCUGGACACCAGUGCUGCCACUCACCUCAUCAGACAUGCUCUCGGAACUGGGGAGUACGGAGAGCUGUCUCAGGAGAGGCUGGCCUCUAUGCUGGCUUUGCCGGAGGACCUGGCUCGAAUGUACAGGGACGAUAUCACAGUUACUGUGGUGAGUCUGAACUACGACCUGGCUAGACCUCACCGCAGUUAGCACACGCUUUGAGAAACGUUCCUAGCACUUAACUUGGUUCAGAUCAUUGUCAGUGUUGUUCCUGGCUGAAAUAUACACCCUGUUACAUGAACUGAUUAAUAGAUAUUUUAGAACGGUUUACAAUGUUGUAUUAU